CAAUAUAUCCCCCUUACGACCGAGUUCAAUACCACCCGCCAUGCGACUUUUGAACACCGAGACUCGAGAACUGAAGGGGUUCGUAUCGGGCAUCCCCCGCUAUGCGAUUCUAUCCCACACUUGGGGCGAAGAGGAGGUGACACUUCAGAGAUUGAAUAGCGCGACCUAUGCGGAUUGGUCGAGACCUCAAUUCUCCAAAAUUGCGAUGAGCUGUGACUUAGCCCGAGGUGACGGGCACCAAUGGAUAUGGAUCGACACUUGCCGCAUCGACAAGACGAGCAGUGCCGAGUUAUCUGAGGCCAUCAAUUCUAUGUUCCUGCGGUAUCACGGAUCAAGGAUCUGCUAUGUUUAUCUGGUCGAUGUGCCGGAUGGCGAUGACCCACAUCAGGAAAGCUCCGCAUUUUCUAGGAGCCGUUGGUUUACAAGAGGCUGGACGUUGCAGGAGCUUAUUGCCCCCGAGUCGGUCGAAUUCUAUACAAUAGACUGGCAGUACGUUGGUAGCCGAGAGGAUUUAUCCGAUGUCAUCUCACAGGUCACGGGUAUCUUUGAGGACUUUCUUCAGCUUCAUCUCAAACUGGGGACCCUGCCCGCCAGUCGCAAGAUGUCCUGGGCGGCAAGAAGGAAAAUAGCCCUGGUGGAGGACGUGACCUAUUGUUUAUUAGGUCUGUUCGGAAUCCACAUACCUUUGCUCUACGGCGAGGGGACCAAUGCUUUUCGGAGACUGUAGGAGAACAUUAUGAAGACUGCUACAGAUCAUACGAUUUUCGCAUGGCGAGAAUUGGGAAACCCGGGCCCAUUGGGAAGAUCUUGUGGGCUGCUAGUCCCCGAAAUAAGACACUUUGAGAGUUCUGGCGAACUCGCACGCUUGCA